AUGAAGAAAGUCGAGGCGAUAAAUUUUCUCUACGUCCUGGUCCUGAGCACGACAGUGUUCCUGAUUUUCACCUACAAGGAGCUGACGGAGACGAAGAGCCCGGGCGGAAGGAUGCGUCUGCUCUGGAACUGGAGGUCGGUGCAGGAGAGCUACCACCUCGCCGUCUAUCCGUGCAUCGAAUCUUUUCGAGUCAGAGCUCACCUGCCCGUGAUCUACGUCGUCACCCCGACGUAUCCCCGGCCCACGCAAAUCCCCGAAUUGGUUCGUCUGGCUCAAACACUCAUGACGGUCCCGAACCUGUUCUGGAUCGUGGCAGAGGAUGCCCCGAUUUUGAACCCCCGGGUCGCCUCGUACCUCGACGGCACUGGCAUCUGCCAUGCGUACCUCGCGGCUCCGAUGCCAGAGUCGUAUCGAGGCGAAUUAAAGACGCCAAGAGGAGUCUCCAACAGGCGAGCGGGAAUGGAUUGGAUCAGGAAACACGUCACAGAAGGAGUCAUGUACUUCGCCGACGAUGACAAUACAUACCAUCUCGACGUAUUCGAAGAGAUGCGUUGGACGAAGAAAGUGUCGAUGUGGCCGGUGGGCCUGGUGACCCACCUGGGCGUGUCCUCGCCCGUCGUCAUCGACGGCAGAGUCAUCGGUUUCUACGACGGGUGGAUAGAAGGGCGCAAGUUCCCCGUCGAUAUGGCCGGAUUCGCCGUCGGCAUCCCGUUCUUCCUCUCGAAAGUAGAUGCAGAGAUGCCUUACAGGGCAGGCUUCGAGGAGGAUGGCUUCCUCAGGAGCCUCGAGAUCUCCGUGGACGACGUCGAGCCCAAAGCCGACAACUGCACCAAGAUUUACGUGUGGCACACGAGAACCCAAAAAGCGACACCAGCCCCGAAAAUCGCCACGAACAUAACCCAUUUCACCGACUCGAAUCUCAGUGCCUUGGAGAAGGAACUCUUCUUGGAAACCUCGGAAUCCGCCUUCCACUAGAGGAAUCGCUCGACCGAAGGAAUCAGACACUGCGACUGCGAACCGAACCCACCGACUCCCGCAUGUUAAGCGUCCCUCGUGUUUCUCCUCGUCGC